AAUGGGAUUCUUGAGAGUACUGCUGGGACUGGGACAGUGGUAGCGAAAGUUUUCUCCGUUUCCUAUCUUUAUAAUCUCUCUGGCUAUGGAGGACAGGAUGAUGGAGAGAUAGUCUCGUCGAGAAGCAGCAUAAAAGUGAAAAAAAAGAGACAAGAAACCUUUGAGAAACGAGAUCCUAGGAAGGAGUUCUAAGGAAGAAGAUGAUGUUGGACCUUAACGAGGCACCGCUGCUAGCGCUUGGAAGUGGUGGUGGUGGCGGUGGUGGCGGUGGUGGCGGCGGUGCCAGUGGUGGAGUGGAAGCUCCUCUCGCUGCCUUGAACGAUGGAAAGCAACAGCAACUCCUCGGUAGCAGUAGCGUGAUAACUCCGCGAGCUGGGAAUCAAGGCGACAGUAGUUUGUCCGCCAGGCGGCCAAGAGCUUCUUCAUCUCCAGGAUCAUCCGUGGAUGUCACGAUUGGCCUCGCGGCUGGAUCAGCAGUAGCAGCAGCAGCAGCAAAUCUUCCACUAUCCAGUGCUUGCGAUCAAGUGGAGACCUCGCAAGUGAAUUCCGGUACGUCGAGCUCCGCGGUGGUGACGGUGGCCACAACGGGGGGCGGCGGAGGAGGAGGAGCUCGGCUGGAGCUCCGUGCCGGCGCAGCCACGGAGUCCGGCAGCUCCGAGGAUUUCGAGGAGGCGUCCAGCAAGGCAGUGGAUCCGGAGCUGGAGGUGUUCGAGGAGAUCGAUGGCGCAGUGAAGCGACAAAGAACCGCGGUUUUGUUCUUCGAGUCGAGAACCACUGCUGGCAGUGGUGGCGAGAGUGGUGGCGGCGGUGGCGGCGGCGGCUCCGCUGUGGAGCGGAAUUGCGCUAUAUUCGUGUCGUCUCCCUCGGAAUCCAGCGACGAGAGCUGCAAGAUCCUGGGAGUUGGAGGUCACGCUGGAAGUGACACUACUCUCAUCGGUGUUAGCGAUGGAUUCCAAUGCAAGGACAAGGCGGCGCUCAUCACACGCCAGCUCUUUCCACUCGAGUCGUCGACGUCUCCUUCGACACACGCCGCCACCACCACGGCGGCGACGCCGACUGGAGCAGCGAGUGUCUAUGGAUUCGGCGCUGGGAAAUCCUCCCCGUGGAUGGGAUUGGAGUUCCAUCAGCGAGCUUUGUCCGAGACCUCCGGACGACUGAGCGAUGUGUGUCAACCGCCAAAGAAGAGCCGGCGUGGCCCGAGAUCGCGCAGCUCCCAGUAUCGCGGAGUGACGUUCUACCGGAGAACUGGGCGAUGGGAGUCUCAUAUCUGGGAUUGCGGAAAGCAAGUGUACUUAGGUGGUUUUGAUACAGCUCACUCAGCUGCCAGAGCCUAUGACAAAGCUGCUAUCAAAUUCCGAGGACUGGAUGCUGACAUAAAUUUCAGCCUGAGUGAUUACGAAGAUGAUAUCAGACAGAUGGCACACCUCUCGAAGGAGGAAUUCAUUCACAUCCUGCGUCGUCAAAGCACCGGCUUCUCGCGAGGGAGCUCAAAGUUCCGGGGCGUAACACUUCACAAAUGCGGCCGCUGGGAGGCGAGAAUGGGACAAUUCCUCGGGAAGAAUACGUUUUCCUUCUUUCAAAGGUACAUAUACCUGGGACUCUUCGACAGCGAGGUUGAAGCUGCAAGGGCAUACGAUCGAGCCGCGAUCAGGUGCAAUGGAAGGGACGCUGUGACGAACUUCGAUCCCAGCUCGUAUGAGAAGGAGGGUCAUACGGAAGGAGGCGGCGUGAGCAGUCAUAACUUACAGCUUGAUCUUGGGAUCUCGCUCUCAAGCCCGUCUGAUCAAAGGCCAGCAGUCGAGGGAGGAUCAGACGCUUGGAAGCGAGUGAACUCCUCGGAGACUGGAUUGAACUGGCCGGCAGCCGAAGCUCCUUAUCGCGGCAGCAUAGAUUCAACGUAUCCUUCAUCGCAUCUCGGCCACAUCCACGAUUCCUCCCCGAGCAAGGAUCAUCACCAAGUUACAUACAGGCUCGAGGACCGGAAUCGCUUGUUCUCACCCCUGCAAGAACACCAUCUUCCCCAGCAGCAGGAGCAGAAUCACACUCACCACCUCCACCACCAACACCAGCAGCAUCUAAGUUGGAACCUACAUCCGGAUCACCACUCGGCCCUCCGGAGCUACAGCGCUCCCGGACCCGGUUUGUCAGCUCCGACUCCAGCUCUAGCUCCAGCUCCAGGCCAUAGUUUUGUAGCUCCAUCAGUGGCAUUUGGAAGCUCGCAGCAGCACCAGUGGAUCGGUGGCCACCCCGCGGGAUCGUUCGCCGCCACUCCAGUGUUCCACCACCACCACCACUUUCAGGUAUGCAGUGUAGAGUUUCCCCGCGAAGUUAACCAUUCGUUGGCGUUAGGCCACACAGCAACCGGGUGAUCUUGCCAACAAUGCCCACAGAACCUUGUACCAUAGCUCAUAGGAACACUGAGUUUUGCGUGUAGUAGUAUAAGUGUGAGUGUGGCUUUGUUUUGCAAUAAGCAAAGGUGGUGGGGGCAUCUAACAGAAUAUCCGAUCCAUUGACUUU